AUGUCGAAGUCGCAACUAAUUAACAAGCAAUCAAAUUAUCAUCCAGGUGAUGAAUGUAGUUCAUCUAUUUCUGAUCGCAAUUCGAUAUCACAAAUGUCUAAUAGCAGUAGCAGUACACAGUUUACUGGUUCUUCUACUUGUGUUAAUCACAUUGACCAUAAUCGUAUUACUUGUAACACAAAGGCUAAUGUUACUCAUGAAGAGCAAUCUUCGCAUUGUACACAACUGCCGAAGGAUGCAUCGCCUACUACGCCUACUAGUAGAGUAAUACAAUGUUGA